AUGUCAUGUCUGUUUCAGGCGGAGCCUUUUAUGAAUGGUACCUCGUCGGUUUACAUUGAACAAAUGUAUGAUGCAUGGCGCAAAGAUCCAACAUCGGUCCAUGCCUCUUGGAACGCUUAUUUCCAGAACGUCGAGCGAGGUCUUCCACCUGGCCAAGCCUAUUCAGCUCCUCCAAGAGGUUUACCUUCCGUUCAAGGCACAGCCGCGGCACAACUACCUCUUCAAAGUGUGGAUGAGCACCUGAAAGUGCAGCUUUUGAUCAGAAGCUACCAGACUCGUGGACAUAACAUCGCGGAUUUGGACCCAUUGGGAAUCAACUGCGUGGAUCUGACUGACACGACGCCUCCGGAACUGGAGCCUUCAUUUUAUGGACUUACCGAAGCCCAUAUGGAUAGGGAGUAUCUUCUCCCGAUGUCCACACAUAUCGGUGGGGCGCACAAAUCGCUAAAACUCAGGGAGAUCAUCAGUCGCUUAAAGAAAAUUUAUUGCUCACAUACUGGAGUUGAAUACAUGCAUUUGACGAACUACGAGCAAUUAGAAUGGGUGCGACAACGAUUCGAGGAGCCUCGCGCUGCAGAGCUGACGCAUGAACAGAAGAAAACACUAUUCAAACGGCUCAUACGGUCCACGAAAUUCGAGGAAUUUCUUUCUAAAAAGUGGCCGAGUGAAAAGCGGUUUGGCUUGGAGGGCUGUGAAGUGCUGAUCCCGGCUGUGAAGCAAGUGAUCGAUGCAUCCAGUGCGGCGGGUGUCGACUCCAUCGUAAUCGGAAUGCCUCAUCGUGGUCGCUUAAACAUCCUGGCAAAUGUGUGCCGCCAACCUCUCCCAAAAAUUUUAACGCAGUUUUCAACGCUCGAGCCUGCCGAUGAGGGCUCCGGCGAUGUGAAGUAUCAUCUUGGAGUGAGCAUUGAACGCCUGAAUCGAGUCUCGCAAAGGAAAGUCAAAGUUGCUGUUGUUGCAAAUCCAUCACAUCUUGAAGCUGCGGACCCCGUGGUUUUGGGCAAGGUGCGCGCCGAAUCAUUCUACGGUGGUGACAAAAAUGGUGAUCGUUCCAUGGCACUUCUGUUGCAUGGCGAUGCUGCAUUCUGUGGCCAGGGCAUCGUAAUGGAAACAUUCAAUCUCAAUGAUCUGCCAGCCUAUACCACACGCGGAACCAUCCACAUCGUUGUCAAUAAUCAGAUUGGUUUCACGACUGAUCCAAGAUGCUCACGCUCAUCCCCUUACUGCACCGAUAUUGGUCGUGCGGUCGGAUGUCCAAUAUUCCACGUGAACGGUGACCAACCAGAGGCAGUAAUGCACGUGUGCAAUGUUGCAGCAGACUGGCGACGUACUUUCAAAAAGGAUGUGAUAAUCGAUCUGGUGUGUUAUCGACGGUAUGGACACAAUGAGUUGGACGAGCCAAUGUUCACGCAGCCACUCAUGUAUCAGCGCAUCAAAAACACCACACAAUUGCUUGGGGCCUAUCAGAAACAAAUCCUUGCCGAGGGUGUUGCAAAUGAGCAGUAUGUUAAGGAUGAAGUGACCAAAUACAAUGCCUUACUAGAAGAUGCUUACGACGCUGCACAGAAAGUGACGUAUGUACGUCAUCGGGAUUGGCUGGAUUCGCCUUGGGAUGAUUUCUUCAAAACACGUGAUCCGUUAAAAAUACCAGCUAGUGGCGUUUCAAAGGAAAAAAUCCAUCACAUUAUUGAUAAAUUCUCGUCCGUUCCCUCAGAUUUCAAUCUUCACCGUGGGUUGGAAAGAGUGCUGAAAGGAAGGCAACAGAUGUUAAAGGAUAACAAUCUUGAUUGGGCAGUAGGCGAAGCUCUCGCAUUUGGCUCCCUUCUUCUUGAAGGGACACACGUGCGGCUCUCGGGCCAGGACGUUGAAAGGGGGACGUUCGCACACCGACAUCACGUACUGCACGACCAAAAAGUUGACCAAAAAACGUACAAUCCACUGAAUGACCUGUCUGAGAAGCAAGCCCAAUACACUGUGUGUAACUCCUCGUUGUCUGAGUACGCGAUUCUUGGAUUCGAGCUUGGCUAUUCAUUAGUCGAUCCGAAUUCACUGGUUAUUUGGGAAGCUCAGUUCGGUGAUUUUGCGAAUAACGCCCAGUGCAUUAUCGACCAGUUCGUCUCCUCCGGGCAGUCGAAGUGGAUUCGGCAGACUGGAUUAGUGAUGACACUGCCCCAUGGUUACGAAGGGAUGGGCCCUGAGCAUACCAGUGCGCGAUUGGAGCGCUUUCUACAAAUGUGCAAUGAGGACGAUGAAAUCGAUCUUAAGCGAGUCGCUUUCGGACCCACUUUCGAAGCGCAGCAGCUGCAUGAUACCAACUGGAUCGUCGCGAAUUGCACAACGCCGGCUAAUUACUUUCAUCUCUUACGCCGCCAGAUCACCUUGCCGUUCAGGAAACCGUUAAUUAUCAUGUCACCGAAAUCGCUUUUGCGCCACCCUCUGGCGCGUUCCCCCAUCGAAGACUUCUUAACUGGUACCAGAUUCAAGAGGGUUAUUCCGGAGAACGGCAGUGCUGUCAAUUCUCCAGACCAGGUGGAACGCAAGGUUUAUUACGAGCUGUUCGCGGCAAGGAAAUAUCUGAAUUUGGAAUCAAAAAUAGCACUCUGCCGCAUCGAGCAAAUUAGUCCAUUCCCGUACGACAUGAUUGAGAAAGAGUGCGCGAAGUUCAAAGCUGCCGAGCUCAUCUGGGCACAAGAGGAGCACAAGAACAUGGGUGCUUGGGGCUUUGUACACCCACGAUUCCAAUGUUUACUGGAAAAGGAGGGUCGACUUCUGAAGUACGCUGGACGACUGCCAGCAGCAGCAGCUGCAACGGGCAAUAAAUUCACACACUAUGCGGAGCAGAAAGACAUUUUGAUGCAGGCGCUGAAUGUUGGCAAAUCUGAUCUCGCAGGGUUCAAAAGCUGA